CGGAUAGUGUAUGUUUGGAUUAUACGAGUGCUGUUUCAAGAUUCAUUGGAUGUUUGUUCUUCAUCCUAAUCUAUGUCUUCCACGAUAAAAAAGGAUUAAACACUCGGUCUACAAUGUCUGUUUAAUAGUAAACAUUAUUUAAAUAUAUAACUACAUCGAAAGUAUUAUUAACAAUUUCUCUUAGAAGUUACAAUUAACGUUAAAAAGAAGUGAUCAUUAAAUGUCUACAAGUUACUCCCGCUUAUAUAAUACAAUCCAGAAGUUGACAGAACAGGACAAACUGUUUUAAGUAACACUUCAUCUUACAGAAGGAUACAUAAAAUAAAACAUAGUUAUUCUUUGCCAGCAUUACUUGAGUUUUUUUAAUCUGACGUGACGUCAGAACACUGGCGUCAAAAUGGAUCUUGACGCCAGCAGUGGGGAGCAGAGUCCCCAUUACAGUGACACAAACCUUCCAGACUGGAAUUGGACGACACAAUUAAACGCAGAAAACAACGCGGAGCUAUGCGCGCUCCUAGAAGACAAGGAAAUAGCUGCACGUGCAGUGGCGUUUGUCGUCAACAGCACGAGGAAAGGGAUCGUCCCACUGUGUGCAGAUGUGGCCAAUCUUAUGAGGUCAAAACAAAGUCUAGAGUUGAAGUUGGCGUCCGUGCGGCGAGAGAACGACGCUUUCCGGUCAUCCCUGAGUGGCGGGUCCCUCCCCAGCCACUCCAUGUCGCCGACGCCACCAUCUCUCAGCUCCUAUACCGAACAUUGUAUCAAAUCCCUCCAGGACCAUAACCUUGGUCCUUUCCGGUCCAGUUCCCGAUGUAGCAACAGUUCCAGUACCUACAGCUACUCUCCCAAGCUGGAACUAGGUCGCCCUGGGGGUGGGGCGUUCGGCUUUCCUCCCCGGGCUGACAGAGCGAGGGUAGGAUCUCUAAGACCACAGCCGGUCCCACAGUCACCAGCUAGCAGCACCGAUAGCCGCAAACAUUCGCCAAGACCGCUCCGUUCGUCCUUGUCAGCGUUUAGAGAUUCCAGGAUAAUGCCACAUGUACACAGCGGAACCAGCCCAUUGGUCGAUGGAGCAUCACGAGGUCAAGGAGGUGUUACCUUAUUGGUUGACUCAAAACCACGUGACGACACGGAUGACUUGGCGGUUGAUAUUGAUAUGACUAUGGACAUUGUGAAAGAUUUCUCCAACGAGAUAUUUAACAAUAUUGAACAACUUAACAAAAGACGCAGUCUGAUUGAAACAAGUAAAACAGACGAUGUGCAAAAGCUUGGCUCUAACGCAAGUUUGCAUAUAGAGGACGAAACUAGCAAUGUACAAAUUAAAGUGAAUGAUGAAAAUCACACCACCACUCAAGGUAUUAAGAUUCAUAAAGAAGACGAGGGGAAGUGUAAACUGUCCUCCGUCAGUGAGGAAAAGGGCCAGUCAGAGGAGUGUCAGUCAGAAAAGUCUCUGUUAGAACGACGACGGGUGUCAUUACCCGAAAUUACAGCCAUACCAAACAUACGCGCCAUACGAAUCAGACCAAAACAAUCCAAGGAAGUCCAAUGUAGUUUGGACAGGACGAAAGGUGACCCGUCGAUGGAGGAACAAUUCAUGAAAUCGGUUCGCCUGAACGACCGCCUGGAGGAGGAACUGACGGAAGCAAGACGAGAAAUAGAGAAACUACAUGCCAAAAUAGACACGUUACAGAGCGGUGCAAUACCCAAAUACGGCGGACAGACGGACAGAGACCGGGUAGCAGAUGAUAAUGGCUACUACACCGGAAGUAAUAGGACAUCAAGGACUGGGUCGGAACAUGAACGCAUCAGCACAUUACCAAAGACGUCCCCUGUACGGCAGACGUUAACGUCAGUGACGUACGCGGGCCCGCUGCCCCACUGCCGCUGCUCGGAGUGUCAAGAGGCCCUUGGGAGUGACGAUGAUCUAUCGCACUAUUCAGAUAUCUACUUUGAGGAACCGUACAAAUAUGCUGUAAACAGCAAACUGCAGGUCCAGAUUGACGACCACGUGACCACCAAGACAGGUCACUCUGGCCGAAUUCGCUACAUAGGUCACCUGGACUCCUGUGACCAAUCACAUCGGUUGUUUGUAGGACUUGAACUCGACUCUCCAGCUGGUGACACGGAUGGUUGUCAUGACGCUAAACAGUAUUUCCGGUGUAAGCACAACUACGGCGUAUUCAACCCGCUCUCUGACGUUACCGCCAAAACAAAUAGGAAAAUACAGAAAACGUCUAAGGAUGAAAACGGAAAAGGGAAGCGAGGCCUGAGAAAAGCUGCCAAGGACGAUAAAUCAAAAUGAUUUUGAAAAACUUACCUUAUUGCAUUUUAUUUAGUGCUUGAAUUAGGUGUGUCUUUAUUCUAUUCGUUUGAUUUUUAUGCAUUUGUUUUAACUUUAAACUACAUGACCAAUCGUUCAAAGGCUACAUUGGAUGGCGAAUAACCCCAACAAUUGCUUUGUAUUAGAAUACGAAAUGGCUGCUGUUAUCUUAAAAGAACUUUCACCAGUAUCCAAGACUUGAUCCAAAGUGGUAUAUUUAGCAUAUUUGUAGCCGCAUCUUUUGAAUAAAUACAUUUCUUUCUUCUGUGCAAUGUAGGUCUGGAAUAAGUGUAUUGUAAAUCUGUUUACAGCGCUAUAUACAUAUACAGUUUGUAAUGGGCGCAAAACUUUUCACGCUGAAGGCGCAGAUUUGCAUAAUGAAUCAUUAUCAACUUCAGUUUAUACAAAAAAAAAGCGAAGGUGCACUUUUGAAACCAUCCCAUUUACUGAAAUGUCGUCGGCCAAUGACAUUACAUGAACUUGUCACGUGUGUUUGAAUGAAUAAUUGGGAGAAUGUGUAAAAUGCUCUUUCGUUGGUUUACUCUUUUAAACAACUCUCUUUUCAAAUCAGCCGAAGCAAAUUAUAUUAUCUUGAUGUGCAUCUUUUCUUGAAUAUUUAUGGACCUGUUUGGCAUGGCUGUGCUCAUAUAGUCUGAUAAAAUAAUUAAAUGUUAUCAAUCGCCUACGCCAGAAAUAUCCGGGUGCUCUGAAUCAUAGUUGUCUAUUCUUAUAUGCAUGGAAAUUACAAUAUACCACUUAUAGAGCAACCAAGCCAUUUCAGUGAUACUGUCUCUGAGCAGAUUGACCAUACAUCGCGUGAUACCGUCUAAUAUGUCGAAAUGUUGAACACUUUGUGUCGUGUUCUAACCCUUUAAUUAUUCGUUUUACUCUAAGCAAUCUGAACGGAGGCCCACCGGCUAUAAAUGCGAUUAAUUUUUCAUUAGAACGAAAUAGACUGUGAGUUAUCUGGCGUGAUCUUGAAUAGUAGAAAUAGUUUGUAAAUGUCAUUAAGUUCAUUUCCAUUCGUUCUAAAGCGUUUUCUUUUUAAAUCGAAACUUUAUGCUUGCUUUGAAAGAUUAGGCAAUGCGUCUAGAUAUCUUUAAGUGUAUGUCUAUUAUUGUUUUCAAAAUAUGAAAAGUUACAACUUCACUUGAUUUAGAUUUAAAUAAAAUACAUUUAUUAUA